GCAAUAUUCAAAUCAACAAGUCAAGCCAGAACCAACAGAACAUGAAUGGAAAUAUUCCAUUUUCACAGACACCAGCCCCAUAUAAUGAGCCACAUACCUCAAGCAUGCACCUAGCCACAGUCCUCUCGAGUGAGAGCAAGUGGCCGACAGAGCCAGCAGAAACCCCUGGCAUCACAUCCAGCGUCCGGAACAAUGCUGACGAGCCACCCAGAUCAAUGUACAAAGGCACAGAUCAGGGUUCCUGUGUGGAGAAUGCAGUCCAACAUCAGGGAGCAGCAGCAGACACAAGGAGGGAGAAGACUCUGCAGCAGGGAAGGGGACAGCAAGAACAGUCAGGAAGUGCCAGGGACAGUAUCAGCAGCCUGGUGCUGACAAAUGGGUUACACACAGAGUCUGAGUCUGGAGAACAGAGAGAUUUUGACAGCAAGGGGGAAGCUCUGACACAGACUCAAACCACUCCGAGGACUGGUGCUGCUGCUUUGGAAAAGAACACGUUGCUAUUCAGCGAGACACUCAGCAAUGCAGGGUUGCAUCUACAGCAGGAUGUUGCAGAGCUGUUUGAUCUGGAGGAUGGAGAAGAACAGAUAAGGUAACAGAAAUGUAGUCCAUUCAUUUGAUACUCAGAUUAGUGUGUAUGCCUUUGAGUUUCUCCUGAAAGCUGCCUUAAGCUGGGACCUGGGUUUGGGAAUGCCACUACCCAAAAAACAUUUUCAAGGCUGCCGCUGGCUCAGUAGGCGCCUUCCUUUGCUGCCCCUUUUGUUCCUCCUUUCCCCAGUGUGUCAGCUUUUUAUUUAAAGGACUGGUAUUCCAACUUGGAGCCAUCCCCUGGGGUUGUGCCCUCUGCCUUCUCCAACAGGAAUUCCUAGGCAAGUAAACUUCCUUGAGUGUUGGGUGGGCUGAUUCCGAUUUCUCACCUAAAUAGCCUGAGCCAGCCCCAGGGUUCUGUGACUGUGGUACCUCUUUGACACAGAAUCCAGACACAAAGGAAUUAAUUAUCAGAGGAGUUGUGCAGUAUGUCUUGUAUGUCAGAAGCUUCUUGCAGCCUUGCCCAAAUGUUUCCCAUUUUGGAGCCAGAUUCUGUCUUCUUGGUUCUAUUUAUCAUCCUUCUAUUUAUCAAAGAAUUUAUCAUUCUUUGAAGUUCUCAUUCCACCCCUUUCUCUGCUAAAGAAGCAAACUGCUUUACUUGUUUUAAAAAUUAACGGAAAAACAAUUUGCCUCUUCAGCAUGUCAUGGAGGUGUCUAAGAAAAUACCAGCCUGUUAGACAUUUUCUGGUCUUAGAGAGCAUCUUGUGUUGACUAGAUUAUUGCAAAAGUUAUAUUCUAGGAUCAGGUAUGUUUCACUGCAAAAGCUUUCCUAUAUUCUGUGAUUUGCAUCUCUACUCUUGAAACCCAAUUCACAAAUUAUACUAUCUCUGAAAAAAAUGACAUUCAGUGAGUGCAACUUCUUUAUUGUUGAGUGGUAUGAUUUCAUUUCAGCUUCACUGGUGCAGAAUGCAAGCUAAGUUGCAGUGAUGAUGACAGGGAAGAUUUUGCAUUCAAAGACAUCAGGGACGGAUUCAGUUCUACCUUUGAAAAAAUUGUUGAAUCUGACCUCAUGAAGGGUACAUACUAUAGCAGUCUGGAUUCCUUGGAUGUGCUCUCACUGACAGAUGAGACAGACAGCUGUGUUAGCUUUGAAGCUCCACUCACACCUCUUAUUCAGCAAAGAACUAAGGAAAGCUCUGAACUUUUAGAACAGAAACUCCUUGCUCACGGGAAGGAAGUCCUGGAGCCCACAAGAACAGAUAAGCAGGAAGACGCAAUGGCCGGGGCGAUAGAUGGUGACUCUGGGAGCCCCCUGAAACAUUCCAUCACCAGCAGCCGGUCCGAAAAUGUGCUGAGCAGGGUAUCUCUGAAAAACAUCCCAAAUGGGUACCACAUGGAGAGACCAGAAGAAGAUGCCACAAGGCUUAUUAAUUCAAUCAGGUAAAAUGACCCUCUUAUACUAACAGCUGUCAAUAAGUUGGAUAUUUGCAGUUGAUUAACUAUGCUGUUUCAACCAAUUAUUCACUAAUGAAUCACUUGAAAACUCAGCUUUAUUUCAUAUUUUUGAUGUUGUUGUUGCAGUAUUUAUAGAGCUGCAGGCUUUAAUUAGUCCAGUUAGUAGAUCAGUCUAUGAAAGUGUAAGUUUAUUAAUUGUUGGAUGCUAAAUUCGAUUGAAGAGGGUGAUGCAUGGAUUUUGUUUAUUAAAUUGUUAUCACAUUUUCAUAAGUAUCUUCAGAAGGCACUUGUACUGAGAUUCUGAUGACAUGCAAAUAUAUUCCUAAUUAAUGUAAGCCUAGUUAAUGUAUUAAUUGGUUAAAGACAGAUUAUUAAUUGUAUUUUUAAUAAUUAAUUAAUUAAUUAAUUAAUUGCAUUAUUAAUAAACUGGUGGCAAUCCUAUACCCACAUACCUGGGAGCAAAGUCCAUUAAACUUAAUGGUACUUAUUUCUGAAUAUAGGUUUGCACUUUAAAUUGCAUUAAUUGGUCAACAACCCUAAUUAUUUAUAUAUUGCCUCAGUGCUUAAGAAAGCAGGGUCGGGAGGGAAAGGCAGCAUGCAACUAAAGGAGUUUACAGUCUUAGUUUUUACUAUAGGAGAGAGAAGGAGGGAAGAGAUAAAUGAUGGAAAUAUAUUAUCAGCGUUUCUUUCUAUAGACUCCACUUCUUGUUCAUUCACCUUUAGAAAAUGCUCUCUGCCUUCAGGAAUUCUGCUAGAUGUGAUAUCAAAUGUCUUAAUUUGCACCUGACGUGCAAGUUUUUAGGGAGUUAAUAAUUAUCUAGUUUACUGUGGGCACCGACAGUUGCCAAGAUCACUACAAGCAGGGAGGACAAUCGUCAUCAUUUUCUCCACUGCGAGAUGAGCGCCGCACCCCAUAAUCGCCUUUGACUGGACUUAACCGUCCAGGGGUCCUUUCCCUUUUCACCUUACAAUGCUUAGGAAAGCCCCUUUUCUGAAGCUGCUUGUUUGCAUUGGGAGGAAAUCCCUCAUCAGCCCCAGUCCACUUUGGUCAGGGGCUUCCUUUACACGCCACAGAGGGCCUGUCUUCUUUCUGCUGCCCAGAAGCAAGAAAGUCCCCAUGGCAGGGAAGUCACUGUUGCUUUCUCUCCUCAUCGCCAGCCAAUAUAGUCAGCCUCCCACCAACCAAUCCCCCCAUUAGCACAAUAUCAUUCCCUAGGUAAUGUCAGGCUUGCUUUUAUUAAGCCCUACUCCUUGAUGCACUAUGUACAAAAGAAUUUUUUUAAGAGGCUUUCUUCUUGGUGACAUAGGGACACCACUUCAGAAUCAGGGACUAUGCCAUGCUAUGGCAGAUAUAUGUUUGGUCACGUAGCUCCUUGGCCAGUUCUAUAUAGAGGUGAGAAAGCUUGAUGGGUGUGAAGUAUAUUGCAGAUCUGGUGGGGUGGGAAGAGCAGGUCAUGUCAUGUUCUGUACAAUUCAUAGUCUAAAGUUGAAGAAAUUACAACUGUAGCAGUGCUGAGAGGGCAGGUGGCUUGCAGUGGCAGAAAUCAGAUUUUUACACCCUGCGCUUCCAUGAUUUGAUAUUUGGGGUAUCUGUAGCAUUUGGGGGUCUUCGUAUGAUUCUGUUCAGGCACAUCAUUGGUUUUGAAGCCAGAGGAGUUGUAUAUUGUGUGGGGUUUGGGCUAAAGAGUGGGUGCCUAAAACCAACAGAUGAUGGCUAUGAUUCUAGUAUUAAAUGAUAGUAGCUAUUGAAUGGCAGCAAAAGUGGUAACUGCAAAACAUUUGUAACAACAGUUUGAUUCCACUGAAUAAAAUAAAAUAAUUAAAAUAUGGAAUAUAAAAUAAAUUAUAUAAAAUAGAUAAAAUAUGGAAUAUUACAGUUCUAUAUAAGCUUAUGAAUGUAAUCAAAAUUACACAAGGAAAGAGAAUUCUGGAUACAUCUUAAAAGGAAAGCUGUAGUUUUAUUGCUACUGCAAUGAGAGAUAUUUUUAAAAUGUAAGUUGUUAUGGGAUUUCAUGUUUUCAUGUUAACUGCAUUUUCUAUUUUAAAUGUUAAUUAAAAAUGUUAGUUUUCAGUAAACGACCAUAAAAAGGCUACAUCUUUAUCUUAUAGUAAAGUUAGAUUGAAGUUCUUUAGGAUAGGUACAUUUUUUUCUUUUUUCAUUUGCCAAACGCCAUAUAUUCUAAAGGUGCUACAAGGCCAGUGCACAGUCCCAAGGCAGAAACCAGGUUAAAUCCCAGAUGAAUGGAAUAAAUAAGAUGUACGGAAAGGAGGACAUAUCUAAAAAUGUGUCAAGAUCAGAGCACAGGUUUCUAAUCAUAACAGCCUAAAAGGGCCUUAAACAUUCGGCUCUAAAGGCUGCUUCUGAACAUUGUCACACUAGAAUCUGAGCUCAGGUAGACAAAUGCAACAUGUUUUGAGACGGUUGUGUUUCUGCUCUGCAUGGAAGCGACAGCUCAGCCCAUUGCUUCUCAUCUCUUUCCAUGUAUUUUAAGCGAUCGUUUAUAAAAAAUAUACUUGAGUGUUCCAUACUCAUAGUGCAUAUGUUUUGUACCUGAAGGCAACCGGUUAUGAGGCCAAAGCAGCAUGAAUCUUAACAUAUGUUAACAGCUGUCUUCAUAAUAAAACUAUCCUAUCAACUCAUUAAUCUGGAAGUCUUAAUUGAUGAUCUUUGGCUUCUUGAGAGACCACAGAAACAAUGGUUACAUAUCAUUUGAAUUGUUUUGUACAGACUGAAGCUGUGCUCCUGACUUACCCAAAAUCCUGGUAUAUUGUGAAGUGUGACCCCUGUAUUCCAAACAUCCUAUAUGUGGAAUGCUGAGGUCCUCGUCAGACAUUUUAAGACGGGAUAGGCAACCCGGGGGCUGGGUGCAGCCCAUUCGCCUUCUCAAUCCGGCCCGCGGACGGUCCAGGAAUCAGCGUGUUUUUACAUGAGUAGAAUGUGUCUUUUUAUUUAAAAUGCAUCUCUGAGUUAUUUGUGGGGCAUAGGAAUUCGUUCAUCUCCCCCUAUAAAAAAAUAUAGUCUGGCCCACCACAUGGUCUGAGGGACGGUGGACCGGCCCACGGCUGAAAAAGGUUGCUGACCCAUGUUUUAAGAUAAGGCAGAAAAAUCCUGUUUUGAUGAUCCGAACAUAUAACAUGUAAGAAAUGUAAGAAAAAAUACAUUUAAACCAGUGUCUGCCAAUGUGGCAUCCGCUUGUGGGAAUACUACUCUCAUAUCUAUUUGAGCAACUUUUCAAUGUAAAUUUGGGGCAAAAAUAUAGUACUUUGUAAAAACAACAUGGUUUAAUUGGUAGGGGUAUUGUUGUGCCUGAUAGCUUCACUACCCUGUUAAGCUUUUGCUUAUUUAGCUGUGUGUUGUUGUUGUUUUGUCCUUGCAGUGAUGCCAGCAUAAAAGAUGCCCUUUCUGACUCAGACUCUGAUAUGGGCAGCACAGAACAACUUGACCAGGGAAGCACAGACACCCUUGUCAAUGGCUGCAAGGCAGACAACGCGGCUGCCAAGAGACUAGCCAAACGCCUGUAUCACCUUGAAGGUUUCAAGCACUGUGACGUAGCCCGCCAGCUGGGAAAGAAGUAAGUGCCAUCAUCAAAGAACCAGGAUAAGUGCAGAGCCAAAGGGGGAGGGGUUUUUUUCCUUCAUGAAAGGGGUGCCCCCCCUUUAUUGUAAUUUGCCACAGAGUAUGAAAACGUUUGCAAAGGUCUGGAAGUGAGAAGGAAAAGAGAACAUGCCCCUGCUUUUGUAGCAAAUGGAGCAACUCAGUUCCCUUACCCUGAUCCAGUUGCACAUGAAAUGUGGAUGGAGAUGCUCAUUGAAGGAAAUGCAACAUGGGUGAAAAAGAUCCCCAUUUGAUUGAUCUGAAUGUUCAUCCUUACCCACUUUGUCCCAACUAGUCAUGCCUACUAAAUAGCCAAUGCAGUGUGACCAGAGUGGGAGAGAGACAGUAUACUCAGAGCAGACCCACUGAAAUUAAUGGGCUUAACCAAGUCAUGUUAAGAGAGCCAGUGUGGUGGGAUGGUUAGAGUAUUGGACGAGGAUCUUGAAGAGCAGGGUUUGAAUCUGCACUCAACCAUGAAGUGCAGUAGGUGAUCUUGGGCCAGUCACCACCUCCUAUCCUAACCUACCUCGCAGGGCUGUUGUGAGGAUGCAGUCUAAACCACCUUGAGAUCCUUGGAAGAUGAAGGUAGUAUAUACAUGCAAUAAAUUAACUAACUGAAUAAAUGUUCAUUAGUUUCAAUGGAUCUACUCUGUCGAAAAACAUAGCCACCUCUGGUUGCAAUGUAACAUUCCCAUGCUCUCUAUGUGGUUUCUGAGUGGCUUUAGAAAAACUUUUUUGAAAAAAUCACCCAAGCAGCAGCAGAUUGGAGAAACAGUGUUUGAAAAAAGUGUGGAGAAACUUUGUUGAAUUUAUAACAUAAAAGGUUUCCCGCUAACAUUUCUCCACCACCUUUAUUAUCUAGACAAUCUUCACAGUGGGAAAAAAAGUUCAAGUUUCCCCAAAUUCAGUUCCUUUGCAUAGGGUUUAAUUGUGUCAGGGCUUGUAACCUUAAAAUUCUCAAUAAAUAUCAUUAAAAAAAAUAAAAAUAAUUGUGUCAGGGCUCACUCAAGGCUUUAUCUUGGAAUCUUUUCCAUUUGAGGUCUUAGCCCGGGGACACAUGCAUAGGCACCUUUUCCCUGAGCACCUAUAGAGUCAACUUCCACCAACAGUAAACUGUGGUCAGAGAUUAGAGACAGAGUGUGUCUUUCAGGGCUUUGUGAGUGACUUCAAGGCUUGCUUCAAAUCAGCACCACUCCCUCCCUCUCUCCCUCCCUCUCUCUAAUAUUUUAUUAUGUGGGGAAACUGAGCCCAUGUUCCUUGUUGUACUUCUGCUCUUAAGGCUUACUGUAUGGCAAAUCUCAAAAGGGUCAAUAUUUCUUGUCCCCACCCCACAAUAUUAGCAUUCACAUUUAAAUAUAUUUUGCACUCAAAUCUAUGUCUUGAAACUAAAUGGGGCAGUUUCCCAUCAGAACACUUAUUUCUGAGAGAAUGGGCACCUACUAAUUUAAAGUCCCAAACAGCAUGAAAAUAGCUUUAUUACCAUGUCUCCCGAAGGGCACAUUGACCUCAUUUGCUGAAGAAAAAAAAGGAACCUGAUUUUCGAAGUGACAGCUUUUCCUGACAUUGUGUUCCUGCUUUCCAUUUUUGUUUCUAAUUUAAAGUUUAAAGAGAGAAAGGAGAGAAAUGAUGGGGAAGAGGGCUGGGGAAGCAUUCCCCAGAAACAAGCAAAGGUUUGAUGCUUAAAAAGGAAUAGGCAUAUGCUAGAGACUUCAAAUCUAUUGGGUCAAGUCUUCAAAUAUAAACUCCACCUUUCUAUACAGCCCUUCAUCUGAGGAUCACAGGGUGGUUUACCAUAUAAAAAUGCAAAAACACACAACAGAGCAACAGGCAAACCCAAUAACCCCGACAGUUUAAUAGAUUGGUUAAAACCAGCAGUGUGUCUUGGGCCCAGAGUUGGCUGCCCAUACAGUUGGAGCAGAAGCAGUCUUCCCCGAUGAGCAACCUGGCUGCUGAUUCCUACACCCACUGAAGUUUCUGAACCAGCUUCAGAGGCAGUCCCACAUAUAACGUGUUGCAGUAAUUUAAUCUAGAGAGGCUACCGGAGCAUAGACAACAGAAGUUAGGCUGUCCCUGUCCAGAUAGGGGUGCAGCAAGGCCACCAGCUGAGGCUGAUGGAAGGCAAUCAGUGCCACAGAGACCACCUCAAGCAACAGCAAAGGAUCCUGAAGGACCCCCAAGCUGCAUUCCCACUCCUUCAGGUCUAGGCAACUGCCCACUGAUAGUGCCAUAGUUUUAUUUGGAUUCAGCUUCAGUUUGUUGGCUCUCUUCCAGUCCAUUACCAAAGCAAGGCAACAGUCUAGCUCAUCCACCGCCUCACCUGCAGAUUUUACCUGCAGUAUUAUCACCAAGCCCAAUACCCUGCAAUGCAGGAAUCUCAUCUAAAGCAUCCAUGAUAGAUGGCCAUCCAACCACUGCUUAAAAAACUCCCAGGAAGGAGAGCCCACAACCUCCCAAGGGAGACUAUUCCACUGUCAAACAGCUCUUGCUGUCAGAAAGCUCUUCCUGAUGUUUCGACAGAAUCUCCUUUCUUGUAACUUGGAGCUGUUAGUUCGGCUUGCUCCUUUUUGAUGUGACAGCCCUUGAUAUAUUAGAAGAUGGCUAUCUUAUAUCCUCUUGGUCUCCACUUCUCCAGGCUAAACAUACCCAAUUCCCUCAACCGUUCCGCAGAAGGCUUAGUUUCCAGACCCUUUAUUAUCUUCGUCACCCUCCUCUACACACGUUCCCAUCAUGACUUUCUCUGCUUUUCAUAGUUGCUCUCUGGAAAGGGAAAUAUAGCAACUGAGCUAAGAAAUUGCUCAUGAGAUGACCAAAAGAUGCCAAAUGACUAGAUCAAGGAGAAAAGGAUAUCACUUUGCUCUGCAGCGGAGACAUCUCUGCUGUGCUUGUGCUUUCUAAGCCUAAUUUCUUUCUGCUUUUACUGCUUGUCUUUAAACACUGCACAAUAUGACUGGUAAAUAAGAUGGCUUGAUCCAGGGUUGGCUAAUUCUGGCCCAAGAGCCUUCAUCUGAGGGUCACAGAAGAGCUGUGUGUCAUCAGAAUAUUGCUGACGAUAUACUCCAAAACUCUGGCUGACCCCACUCAGCAGUUUGAUGUAGAGAGAGAACCAGUGGGGUGCUUAUGUCUGGAAACAAACUCUUUAGGAAGGACAGGCAAGGGUGUCACUCCGAACAUCUAGGAGGUUGAGAAUCCCAAAAAGGGCAGACUGUUCCACAGGAAAAAGUACUGUGGCUGGAGAUACCAGCCCCACCCUGCCUAGGAAUGUACUGUGGUCCUCCUGACCAUAAUCCCCAUGGUGGUCUUGAGAGAGUUGGUCUGGUGCUACAUGAAUAAAUAUCCUAGGAGAACUAUUGUUCCAGCAUUUAUGCUGUUUCAGAAAGGCAAUAUGAAAAUUUAAUAACUCAAAGGAAUGGAAAUGUUUUUUCUUUGAGACAGUAUGUUUUUUAAAAGACUUUUAGUUACUUUUAUUCUUACUCCUUCUGAAAUACUAGAGCUGCGGCAGGAGUUAACAAAUGUGAUUUCAAGUACACAUAACAUGUGAAUUGGAGUUUCAUGUAAAAACACACUCCUAUCAAUCCCAAGCAAUAGAAUAUUAGAAAUCAUUGUGAUUGCUAUGCUGUGUUUUGCUUGAGCUAUCAGUUCCUGGGGAACAGUGGUCAAGAUGCUUUGAUUAUUCACAGGCAUUUAGCAUGGCAACAAAUGACUCACUUUUACUCUCAUCUCUAUCACUUACUGGUAAAUCCCACAUUCACCAGCAAUGCUGGGAAGUUGUGGAAAUUAAUGCGCUUUUGUUACAUAUAUUGCUUCUCCAUAUGAAUUGUAUAUAUACUAAUAAAUGCAUUUGUUAAAAGCAACAGUGAUGGGACACCUUAAAAACUAAAAUGUAAGCUUUCAUAAGCUGUCAUAGACAACAGUCUACCAGGUAGACAAAUAGACAACAGACUAUCAGGUGCCAUAAGACUCUGUUCUUUUUGCUGCAAGAACUACCCAUAUGAAAAUUCAUUUAUUGCAACAAAUCAGUGCCGGUAGAUAUGUGCAAAGAGCAAUCUGGAUGUGGCGAAUUUCAACCUGUGCCAGUGAGUGGCACCCAUAAUGAGAACAAAAUCUGGUAAUUUACCCAGGCAAGCUUGUUGUGAGAGUUACCAUAAUAUGACUGAAUUUUCUGAAAUUUCCCACUGCAUUCCUGAAAAUGCUAAAAAUGAUUGGUAAAUGCCAACAUUUAUCAAAUAUCCAACAUACGUACCUGUUAAGAGCCCACCUCUUCUCUCUUUUAGUGAAACAUUCCAAAAAUAAAUGCAAAAAAUGUAAGCUGAACGAGGAAGCCUUCAAAGGCUAACAACACAAAUCUUGGAGUGCAGCCUGUCAUUGCAACAAAAUAUUCCAUAUCCUUGCUUACCACAUCAGCUCCAGUUCUUUGGUCUGUAUAAAGCCUUCAUUGCUAGCAGUUCUCCUGGCUAGCUCCCAAGUCCUGACAGUUCGUUUAAUAACUGCUAUUCACCGGUCACUGAGAAUUCUAGUGUCUGCUUCAUUAAUACAAUAAUGAAGCUAACAUUAAAAGGGGGAAGGACGUCCAAGUCACACAAUGAGUCAAAAAUACAUACAUUUACAUAGUGAACUUGGAGCAUGGGUAUUUUUCAGUCCAGUGGGAUGGCUUGGCUCUGCACUUGAAAACCAAUGGGACUGGAAAGAGCUCAUAUUUGGCUGGAUCAAUUUCACUAUGGAUUGAAGAUGUGCUGGACGAGUAUCUAAUGUAGGAACACAAACCCAUGUUCAGUGGGUUUAGAAUCUAAUUAGAAUCUAAUUGUGGAAUUCGAUUCUCUGGUGAAGAGUAUGCAGACGUACACUGACUGUGGCCUCUUUAAUUACAGUAAUGAAUUUAGCAAACUGGUAGCAGAAGAAUAUCUCCGUUUCUUUGACUUCACUGGACUGACCUUGGAUAAAGCACUCAGGUGAGCUGCAAGGGCAGGGAUCUCAAAUGCGUGAGUUAGAGGUAAGGCCCCACACUAUCCGUUUCUGUUACCAUCAUUUAAUUUCAAACAUCUCAGGAGUCUAACAAAAAUCAAGCACUUUCAACUUGAUUGCAUGUCUCUUAUGUCUGGAUUCCUCUUUAUUUGCAAAUACUGCCUUUAAAUAGGUUAGUUUUAUCAGCCGCAUUUUGGGUCAUCAGAUAAAGGGCAGGUGACUGGGUGGCGGGUCGAGUGUAGCAAUAACACAGCUUCAUAUUGUGAUGCUUUUCACUUAUAUCUACAGGCAGGGUGCUUUGAGUUUUGUAUGUAGGCUGGGAAGUGGGAAAGGGCUGUUGGAUCAACAGAAGUCCCAGCGCUGGCUCAUAUGUUGCCCCACUGAAAUAACAAUCAAAGCUGAAGAUUAGCAUUGCCUUUUUUGUUCCCUUUCUGUUCCCUUUGAAGAUCCUUAGGGCUUUAUGAAACAUUAUGAGCAAAUAUGUGUGAUGAUAGCCUGAUAGCUCCUUCAAAUAGAAAAGUCACUUAAGAGUGAUUUCUCACAGAGGUUUCAAAUGUGUGUUUGCCAGUAGAGUGUAGUUCCAGCAGGAGAGGAGGGGUAGGAAUACCUUUCUCCACUGGAAAAAGCCCUUCACGAAGCAGCCCCCCCCCCGUAAAAAGACAUCUGGUUUCAGUAUACAUGAUUCUCCACAACAUUUAGUCAGAUUCCGUUUCAGACUUCGAGUCCUUUCAUUUAGGACACCCAGCCUGUUUAGCCAGAGUACAUUUCUUCUCAGUCUCUAUUCCCAUCUGUUUCUCUCUGCUGUGCAUUGCAUUUCUUCCUCCUGCUAGGUGCUGGGCUUGGUCCAAAUGGUUACUUUCUGUAUAUUUGGAUGUCAUCUAAUACAAGCAUACAUUUCCCCACUGAAAUAGCAGGUCAGACUGUUUCUAUAUCUGGGAGAGCAUUUCCCUGCUUAGCUUCUAAAUAUUUUCAAAAUUGCUGUGUUGAACAGACAAAUGAGACUGCCUGGAAGCUUCAGCUACACUCAGUACAACCCCACACCAUCUGAUGAAUGAAAGCUACUGGGAGCACAUCACGCCUGUACUAUGAUGUCUGCAUUGGCUCCUUGUUCUCUUCCAGAUACAAUUCCAGAAGGUGGCUUUAAACUACAUGGCUCUGAAGAGCUUAGCUCCAAUGUACUUUGGAGACAUCUCCACUCGCAGAUCCCUUUGCAACAUCUGAGAUUAGGAGCUUGUUUUUACAGUUUGUGCAACAGAUGAAGACAGCAAGAACAUGAAGAGAGACUUUCUCUCACUAGAGAGUCACACCCAAGUAUAAACCCAAGUAUCUUCCAGAUGUGUUGUAAGACUUUUUGGGUCAUAGGAACAUACGAAGCUGCCUUUUACCAGGUUGUUUGCCCAUUUAGACAGUUCUCGUCCUGAGACCUGUGGGUAUAGGGUGCUGUACAAAUUUAAUAAAUAAUAAUAAAAAUAGUAAAAUUCUGAUUGCUUGUCCAUACUUCUGCUUGUUCAGCACCUCCCCCCAUCCCCACCCAGAGAAAGCCACACUUUCCAGCUGAAUUGAGGCAAAUGUCAAUCAAGUUUUCCACAGAUGGACAUUUGUUACAAUUCAGCGGUAAAAGAGGGUUUUCCUGGGGAAAGCAGUGGGGCAAACAGAAGACCGCUUGGACAGAAAGCACAGGACAAGUGGAAAACCUCUUGGACCCGUGCUUUCUAGGCAUGGGAUAAGCAAGGUGUGGGCGAGCACUGACUGGCAGCCUUUGUUCUCCAAAUCCUCAGCCUGUGGUCUUUCCCAUUAUGCGCAAUCAGAUCCUUUAAACUGUAGGUGCAGAUUGAACUGGGCCUUCAGCACACAAAGCAUGUGCUAUGGCCCCUCCCUGGGUCUCAGGCUGGCAAACAGAAGGGAUUUUAAUUAUAUUUUUAUAACAUAGAAACAUUUUUUCCCUAUUUUGCUGGAAACUUCGUGCCUUUGGUGUCCACCUCAACUCCUCAGGGUUGCACAGGCUAUAAAACUAAUUAUUUAAGGUUACGAAGGCACACAAAAUGGGAAGCAGUGAGAAGAGUUGUGCUAGUUGUUAUAAGUGGCAUUCCAGGUUUAAUCCAUGGCACUCACAUAACCAGAGCCCACAGUCCUUCUGGAUUGCAAUAGAAAUGUUCAGGCAGAGGCAGAGAUGGACAGAUGGGUCUGGGUCUGGUUCUUCUCAAUUUCACAUUUGCUCAUUCAUAAAUUUAUUCUAUUUCUGGAUUAAUCUGCAUUUUAAAAAUAAAAUCCGCAUAACAUUUUGUACUUAAAUAAUAUUUUAUUUAUCAACGUACACAUUUCUAAAUGUAUUUUAUCUGAAUAUAUGCAUUUGUAAUGCAUUCUGUAAUGCAUUCUUUAAAGCAAUGAACUGUAUCAAAAUAUGAAGUUUUCCCCCUUUCACAUGUUAGUCCAGGAGUUGUGAAUCAAGUCAGAUUCAUUCAUUCAUUCAUUCACCUAACAAGAUUUAUAUACUGUUUGAUUGUAAUAAAACCACCAGGUAGUUAACAAAAAGAAUAAAACUUUUAAGGCAUCAAUAAAGGACCACUAAAAACAUUCAAAAGAUAAUUCAAAUCACUGGAAAGCUAAAACAAGAUCAACACAUGUGAACUUUCUCUACAUCUGGGUAGUCAGAUGCAGUCCCUAGGUGGGGGCAGACCCACUGUAGCCCUGUGCCCCAAAUCCCCCUUGUGCAGAGCUGCUCCCAGAGAUCACUAUGGUCAAUGACGCUGAAAGCCUCAGUCCUGUGCCUUUUUUCAUCCCAAACCAGGUAUGGUGUUGGCAUGCUCAGCUACGUGGAGAUUUAACAGUUAUAAUGAAUAGUAUAAUAAUAAAUACAAUGGUACCUCGGGUUAAGUAUUUAAUUUGUUCUGGAGGUCUGUUCUUAACCUGAAACUAUUCUUAACCUGAAGCACCACUUUAGCUAAUGGGGCCUCCUGCUGCCGCCGCGCCGCCAGAGCACAAUUUCUGUUCUCAUCCUGAAACAAAGUUCUUAACUCGAGGUACUAUUUCUGGGUUAGCAGAGUCUGUAACCUGAAGCGUCUGUAACCCGAGGCACCACUGAAGUAAACUGUGACUUUAGAAGUCCCAGAGCCACAUCCAUUUUAGGUAUCUCACGGCCUGUGAUCAGCAACUUUUGGUCUCCUUUCGAUUUAUUUGCUAACUUUCUUACCUUCCCAUGUCUAGAACAUUCCUAAAAGCCUUCCCCUUGAUGGGAGAGACACAGGAACGGGAACGUGUCCUCAUCCAUUUCUCACACCGAUAUUGCCAAUGCAAUCCAGAAGAGAGCACAUCAGAAGGUAACACCACCUUAUGGUUCAGAACUGGGCCUUUUUGCCCCACAUAGCACCUUGCCAUAACAUAGCUUUUUGAGAGGCUUGCCAGUGAAAUCUCCCUUAAAAGUUAACAGAAAACAUGCAGAGUUUGGCAGAAUGAGUAGAAGGGCUCCCAAAAACAGAAUAACUGGCUUCCCGCAUUUUGAAAUAACUCAGUGCAUUUGUUAGAUAGCACGAAAUAACUCAGAUUUGUUAGAUAGCAUGUUACUAUCUAAAGAGGAGUCGCCCCUCCAUCAAUAAGACCCUAAAAUUAUCUAACUGCACCACAGGAGAAUAUUAAUACUGGACUGGCCUAUUUAGGAUCUUUGUACAUAUUCCUGAGAGCAGCACUUUGAAUCCUUGAAAUGAGCUUUAUAAUGGUAAAUUUUGCUUUUUAAGCAAACUGAAAGGAAAGACUAGACGGUUUCCUGGAAUAAUGCCACCUGCUUAAUAACUGCAUUUAGUUCAAAUAGCUAAAUAGUUAUUAGGAUGAAAAGUAAGUGGGAGUGAGGCUGUUGCGGAAGUAGAACAAUAUCUUAAUUUGGAUCCAAAUGAAACUGACCUCCUCAAAUUUUGUUCUUGGCUUUUUGAAUGUUCCCCUGCCUUGUGAGGGCAAGGAACACAAUAUGCUGAAUAUAUCUAGUUGUUAGUGCAAUUUAGAGAGAGGCUAAAUUACCGUACUUGCAUAUUCCAGAUGGAAUCCACACACUCACUUGUGCCCUGAUGCUGCUCAACACAGAUCUGCACGGCCAUGUAAGUAUUUUCAGAAGAAGACAUAUGCUGUGCUCUUGCUCUCCAGGUAGAUUUGUUGCUAUCUGGAAAAUGCCUUUGAAAACUGAUGUCAUGGCAGUAGUAGACAAUGGCAGGGAAGGGCAUUCAAUUCCGUGCUCUAUAUGCAGCAAAAAUGCUGCCUACAGCAACAUACCCCUCAACUGUCCCACAUCCCAGAAUUACAGAAGCCAUCCCUGCUUCUGACUGGAUCCUGGGAUGUCCCAUUUUGGCUCCCACAAGAACGCGGACUCAAAAGACAAUCAUCCCGAUUUUCCUCUGCGAUAUGUUGGAGAGUAUGUAGCAAUGGAAGCCUCUUCCUUCAAGUCUCAUCCAUCUGGGAUUGUGUAGGACAAACUAAGAUAAGCGUGUAUAAGAGUUUAUUUUCAGAAGAAGUAUUUAUGUUUGUGAUUUGCGUAAUUAGAUAAAUGUGCACCCCGCUGCUUUGUUCUGAUUGCUGCAUUGCUGAUUGCUUAGAAAAUAACACUGCAACUUACAUUGAUUCGGACAGUAGCACUCAUUCUUUUAGGCUGAAGUGCUGUAGCUCCAUGGCAGACCACAAGCUUUGUUUGUCCAAGAUACAAUCCCUAACAACUACUGAGAAAGACACUUGUCUGCAGCUGUGGAAAGGAGCUGCCAGUCAGCAUAGUGAGUUAGGUACGCCAGUUAAGCAUGUUUAAAGUUAUAAAGGUAAAGGUAAAGGACCCCUGACAGUUAAGUCCAGUCGCAGACGACUCUGGGGUUGCUGUGCUCAUCUCGCUUUACAGGCCGUGGGAGCCGGCGUUUGUCCACAGACAGUUUUUCUGGGUCAUGUGCCCAACACUUCUGGUGCAAUGGAAACCCGAAACCAGAGCAGCGCACGGAAACGCCAUUUACCUUCCUGCCGGAGCGGUACCUAUUUAUCUACUUGCAGUUUGACAUGCUUUCGAACUGCUAGGUUGGCAGGAGCUGGGACCAAGCAACGGGUGCUCACCCUGUUACAGGGAUUCGAACCACCAACCUUCUGAUCGGCAAGCUCAAGAGGCUCAGUGGUUUAGACCUCAGUGCCACCCACGUCCCCUUAUUUAAAGUUAAGCACAUUUAAAGGGUACAUUUACACUGUUGUUUGACAAGACGCACAGGCUCCGGUUAACCCAAACCCAGUUGCAUGCUUGUCUCUGUUUUCUGUCUCUAAGGCCCACUUUUUACAAGCAGCAGAGGCCUUUUGACACAUCUUUCCAUGAAUACACUAACUGCAUGGAGGAGAGUGAGGGGGGAUUGUACCAAAGGAAUGUAUGAAAAGGACCUGGAUGGCAUGGGGAACUGAAUUCUCCACUGUUCCACUUCAGAAGUGAGCAAGGGGCUCAAGUAACAACACGCUUCCCCACGCAACAAUUUACCUGCAAAUAGAAAUGUCAUGGGGAGCUGCUUCUUGGAGCUUUCUUCUCCCUGACAUGCCUGUUUCCUGUGUGCAGAUUUUAUUUUCUGUCUGUGGAGUCAUGUAAAUCUGCAACUCCAGUCAGAACUAAAAUUGUUUUGUAGCCAAAGAGGUUUACCUGCUGCUUGUGAGAACCAGGCCUAAGUUACCACUGAGAAAGGAGGAGGAGAAUUGGGCAGGAAAUUAAAUUUCAAAGUCCCAAAUUCUUCUGUAGGUGAAGUGGUGUGGUAAAUACAGCAAGUUCAGUGAGGAUAAGUAUUUGGAAGGCAUCUCAGAGCUGUAAACCCUCAAUGGCUGUGGUGACAUUAAUCUCUUCUUUCCUCUCUCCUCCUUUCUCUUUCUCUUCUGCUCCGGGAUCCUCUUAUUAUUGCUCUUUAACCCUUUCUCAGGUGGUAAGUGCAGUCGUUACAAUUUGCACUACAUUUCUGUACAUUUUGGGCACUUGGAAUUGUAAAAUAUAUGUGUUAAUAAUGAAAGCAACACCUACCAAAGUGGUGCACUUUAAAAAAAGAAAAUGUGUGUAACGUGCAUGUCUUCCUAACUUUGUUAAGAAAUAAAUUGACUUCCUCUCAUGAUUGUUUGGAGAAACAAUCCACAAGCGCUAGUUUGCACAUAAACCUAAGUCAGUCUUCCCUUUUCCCCCUUCCAGCUUGGAAAGGGAGGAGCCGGGUGGGCGCAAUGGGAGCAGCAUGCACCAGCACGCCCUCUCUUUCACAGCGGACCAUAGUUUGGCUUACUGUGAUGGGCUCCCAUGCCACUCUCAGCAACAUCCACUUCUUUGAAUCCAUUGAUUAGGAAGUAUUGCACUUUAAUAAGCUAAUUUUUCAUAAUGAUGCCCCCUGCCCUAGCAAGAGGUGCGAUAUUAGUAUUGUAGAUAAAUUGCACAACCUUGCUCAACCAAAAAGCUAUGGGACCAGGGACAGUGCAGGAGCAGCCAUUGUGUCAGAUGGGGCAAGGAGAGGAGAAUCUGGCUUUGACAAUCAUUCCGCUCUGAGCAGCAUAAUUCAGAACUGACAGGUUGAACCUGCGCAAGGCGCCCUUUGACUCAGUAUUUAUUUAUUUAUUUAUUUAUUUAUUUAUUUAUUUAUUUAUUUUAUUCUGUUUUCCUUAUCAGGUGCCCCACAAUGCAACUCCAGUGUCACACAUUAACACACACAUUUCAAACAGGUUUCCUGGAAAGAAAAAGCCAGUGAGAUGACAAUGGGGAAACAAUUCCCAAGUUUCUCCCCCCCACCCUGCAAAAAAAACCCCAAAAAGCCCUGCAGCAAGACUGGAGACCAUAGCCCAGCCUGGGUGCCCACAACAGAGUGCCUUAUUCAUUUCAUUUCACAUUCAUAGGCAAACACGGAUAACCUGGUUCAGUCAAAGCCUGGCAGUUUAUGCAAGGAAAACAUUCCAUUUUCUUUCUUUGGCACUGCUCUACUUUGGGCUACAAAGAAAGAGUACAUUUGACAUAUGUUUACUUCAUUUAUCUCCAUAUGUAUAUAUAUAUAUAUAUUGCCUGUAGCAUUAAAAACUUAUGGGGGAAAUAAAGUAUCUGUUCUUCUGCAUUGCAGAAUAUUGGGAAAAAGAUGUCCUGCCAACAGUUUACAGCAAAUCUGGACAGGCUGAAUGAUGGGAAGGAUUUUGCAAAGGAUCUGUUGAAGGUAAUCCUAUAUCUAGUAAAGGAAAGUGGGGGAGAAAUGGGGUGCAGUGUUAUUGCAGGAAAUUCCAAGUGUCUGUGGCUGAAGUUCCAUUAUGCUAAGAUGCUGAACAUGCUUGCAAUAAGAAUGAAUUGGGGGGGGGGGACAGGGACCCCAGCCUCUGCUCCACUAUCUAUGCUGUGAUUAUUUUCACUUUCAUUCUUAGAGAUGCUCUUCUAUAUGUCAUGAUCAGAAAAUAAAUACAUGUGGUUCCACCUCCUUGAGGCUGCCCCACUUCAGAUUGCAGCUGUGGGAUGGCACAAUUGAAUGCCAAAACUCUCUGCCUUUGGAAAGCUAACAUGAAAGGGGGAAAGAUUAAAGCCCAGGCUUCUGCGUCUGAUGCACUAAUCGUCUUCAAAGAUGAAGUGUUGCUUAUAUGAGAGAAUUUGAACAGGCAGUUCCCUGGCCUUUCCAGAUAUUGCUGCACUCCAAAUCCCAUCAUCCCUGACCACUAGCCACGUGGCUGAGGCAGACAGGGCGGAAGGUAGCCCCAAAGCAGAUGUAGCCCCAGGGCUAUGAAAGGUUCCCUAGUUCUGUGAUGGGUCCUGUUUGCAGGAGUCUGGCUGGCCAGUGCGGGAAGAGGACUCUGGACUAGCUGGGCCUUUGGUCUAAUCCAGCAACACUCUCCUUAUGCUAUUACUUACAAGUUUUGCAAAUGCCUACAGGUGUGACCAAGCCAAGAAGAAACAACAACUAUUCCUUUAUUGUUCAAAUAAUUUGAUUAAAAAUGAAGAUGGACAAGCUCAUUUCCUAUGAUCAGUCAGGAAUACAAUAUAGCUAUGACGACAUUUCACCAUUAUAGGCAGAUUUAAUAAUGGUUGAUAUGGGCACCGUCCACAGAUGGGAAUCAUUUUAUGAGAACCAACUAAGAGUUGACUUUGUGUUCUUGUUUCAGGCACUGUAUAACUCAAUAAAAAAUGAAAAGCUAGAAUGGGCUAUGUAAGUAUGUUUUAAAGUGUUUUAUAAUAUGCCUUUGUAAAAAGGAUUAAUGUAUCUUAGAAUUUGUUCAAGACAGAAAACAGUUUCAGUAAUCGACAUCUUGAAUGGUAUCAGGUAGACAGUAGAAGAGGUUGUCAGAGGCACUGCCACCUACAGGGAAUGUAUACUAGAGCAAAGAGCUCAUCUUUGGAGCAGCUUCCUUUGCUCUCUGCUGAAUGGGAAGGACAGGGGGGGUUCAAAGAAGCAGGCAACUUUGGCAGGGGAGCUGAAUCAGUGGGCUGAAUCCAGUUUGCCUACAGCAGGACACCCUUGACUAAGGUUACCAGAUUUUUUCAAAGGGACACUUUCUUUUUAAAGAGAAAAAAAAGUUACAGUCAUACCUCAGGUUAAAGGCACUUCAGGUUGAGCAUUUCCAGGUUGCGUUCCGCGGCGACCCAGAAGUAACGGAACAGGUUACUUCCGGGUUUUGCCGCUUGCGCAUGCGCAGAUGCUCAAAAUAACGUCACGCGUAUGCGCAGAAGCGGCGAAUUGCGACCCGCAGGCAUGGGUUGCCUUCUGCUCAGGAUGCUAACGGGGCUCCGGAACGGAUCCCGUUCGCAUCCAGAGGUAUCACUGUAUUUUUUAAAAAGUUAUUUUUAAAAAACAUUAAGAAGUAAUAUCUUCUCUUCUGUGGUCUCCUCUGUCGCACGGCCUUAAUCUGGGCCCCAGCCUGCUCUCUUGGAGCGCUAGCUGCUGUGGAGUAGGCUUGGAUUGGACCUGGGCUCAGCCAUGUGUCCUUGCCCUCCCGGUGCUCUCCUACCUCUCCUCUUCAGUGGUGGUGGCAGCGGCGCAGCAAGGUCGGGGCUCCCCUCUUUUUUCUCCUUCCUCCUUCUCUCUCUUCCUUCUCUUCUCCUCAUUCUCCCUGCAUCAGCUCCGGGGUUUUCCUGGCCCCGGAGCACCGCCUGGCAAUUGACAGGGUGGCCAGGUGCUCUUGUGCCUGGCUUAAUUUGGGUCGUGUGGGGGCGAGUCAGCGGUUCCCCCAGUUGGUGCACUGGGUGUCCCCGGUUCCCUCUCGGCAGUGGUGGCGGCAGCGGCAGUCUCAGCAGCUCGCAAGCAGCCUGGUAGUGCAGUUGGCUCCAGCUGGCUUCAGGAGCUGCUUGCUGCCGUGGCGCCCGCCAUUUUGUCUCGCUGGAAGUCCCCAUAUGAUGUGUCUUGUGCCAUUGAACCAAUCACGCAACAUUCAUUCCCUACUAAUAAAUCUACAAUACUUAAAAUAUAAAUCCGGGGACAUUAAAUGAAAUCCAGGGACAGAUUUUGUCCGGGGUCAGAUUUGUUAAUCUGGGGACUGUCCCCGGGAAAUGGGGACGUCUGGUAACCAUACCCUUGACCAUUUGUGACACGAGAAGCUUCAGGGCAAAGAGGAGGUUGGCUAAAUUGGAGUCCCUUCUGUGAGUGGAAGGAGCCUUUCCAUUUGCAGAACUGACACCCUGGAUCCAGCCCCUUGUAUUUUGGGCCACAGAAAUCCACCUGUAAUGGGUUUAGGGGUUGCUCGUGCGUAAGUUGCCGCCACUCCUGGCUAGGUUACCUGGUUAAACCCUUUCUGACUGAACAGCCUCCAGCAUCGUGACUGUCUCAGUCGCUGGCAGAAUCUGUCAGUGGGCGUUUCUUAAACUUCUUCCAGCACAAAAGUUCCUUGACGCCAAGUCUCCUCCUACUCUCCCUGCGCGGAAGUCUUCUGCGCAGGGAGGGUGUGGGCAGCGGAGUACCUGUACUCUCUCUGCUGGUCUCCGGUGAGGAGUCUUGGAGCCUCCUCUCUGAUUCCCCCAUCUGCCCCCCUUCUCUACUGGUGUUACGCUGAUUUCCUUCCCCAGCGGACGGGCUGCCUCUCUCCCUACUGGGACCCUCUCCGCCAUCCCUCUGGAGCCUUCCCUCCGCCUCUAGCUCCAAUGGCAGUUCCCUGACACCACCCCACAUGUCGGCUGUUAGCACAAUGCCGAUACAAGGAGCUGUGCUUUUUUAAAACUCACUCACAUACAGUAUCAUUUUAACCUGCUCUGAUCUGCUAUUAUAUUUAGUUGCUUAUUGCUCCAUUUUUUGACAUUUUUAAUGAUUUAGUGUCCCAUUGGUCUUUCUGCAAUGGGUUGCUGCUUGUUCUACACCAGCUGUUUUGGGUUCUGCAUCCUCUUUACAUCUCCCCACUAAAAUCAGUUCACACUGUAUUAUGCAGAAAUUAAAGGGAGCAUCUGAAGAAGCAGCUCAUCUUAUUUCUGAAACAUUGCAGUGGAAGCCUGCCUAUCACUUGCACAAGGGUAGCCAAUGUGACGCCCUUCAGAGGUUGUGUACUACAACUCCCAUGAUCUCUGACCAUUGACCAUGCUGACUGGGGCUGAUGGAGAUUAGAGUCCAAAAUAUUUGAAGGGCACCAUCUUAGCACCCCUGCACUAGCAGAACUGAGUUGUUGUUUUUCAGGGGGGUGGGGGUUGCUAGCAAUUUUCUCCCUGCACUCCUAUUGACCUUUUCAGCUAUGUUUUAAAUGACAUUAGCUCCAAGGACCAUCCAAAGUGUCCUGCAGAGAGUCUACACUAUGGGUACCACCAUCUUCGAUCACAUGUAACUCUGUACUGAAUGAAGAGUCACAGGCCCACAAGCACUUAAGAUGGUGGCUUCCAUCGUGUGAGCAUUCUAGGGAACAACGUGAAUCUCCCUCCGGUUGUCCUUCUGCUAAGGCAGCUGCUCUUGAUGCAGUGCUGCAAAGGCAAGCAGUGUUUUUUUCCUGUAUGCAAACUGCUGAUCCCUCCAGGACAGCAUCCUUUAUAAGCACUCUUCUGGAGGUCAUUGUUGAGGACAAAAGUCAAAUGGAGUAUUUGGGAAACAUUUGCUCAAAACUAAUAGAAAAACUUGUUUUGAGUGAUCUGAGUACAAUUUACUUAAUCAUUCUCCCUCAACCAAAAUGAGUAUUUCAAAACAAAAAUAAAAUUCCUGACUAUUCAGUUCACAUUCUCUGUUUGAUUAGAUUUAAAUGCAAGGGUGAAUUAAUAGCGUCAGGCAUGUAGAAUGUAUUUUUAAAACCUUAAAAGCCCAUUUAAGAGCUGGAUUUCCCCCUCCUGUCCAGCAAUGCAGUACAUGGGAUUGCACCUUCCCUGCCUCAGAAUCAUUUCUAUGCUGUGAGAUGAUUUGCUUCACAGGCUGGCUAUAGCUGCCCCCCCCCCCACAUGGCACUAUCACCACUUGAACCCCAUUCUGUAGAUGUACUGCAAAAAUCAGGCAAAUGUUGGGGAGAGAAGUCUUGCUGCAGGAAUUUCAGCUUUGCAUGCUGGGAACAAAAAACAGGAGAUGGGGGUUAUUGUUUAUGUUUGAGAUGGGGUGGGGGCAGAGAAAGGGGAGCAAAUAAUGAACAACAUGUUGAAGAAAUGCAGGUUGUUGGAACAAUCUUGCUUGGUCACUAUCCCACCCCCCACCCCCACUCCCGCCACCUCAUUUUAAAGGACUGCUUGAGUACAGUUGUGGAGAAGAAUACUGUAAAGUGUUUUUUAUUUCCUUCUGAAAGUGCCAAAUAUCGUGAAGAUAUGGCACUCACAUUGUUUUGGAGGGGGAAGCACUGCAUAUCAUAUUUACUGUAGUUAGAUGACAGUCAGUAUCUAAUCGGCUGGUUGUAACAGCCACUCAAACGGCAGCAGGGACAUUUGCCAUAGGAAGAAAAUGGGUCAAUCAGCAAUCUGACUAGAAAAAAAGUCAUCUAUAUAUAGCCUUAGUAUUACAUCACAGGGAUUUGUGUGCGGCUUUUACAUAAUGAUCUUUUAAGGCAAAAUCAAGUUUUAGUCGUUUUAAUAGCAUCGAAAGCAGGCCUGCACAAUUUAGGACGAGGGUUGCCAACGCUUAAAAUGAAACUAUUCUGACAGGUUUGUGGGGCCAGCAGGUGAGGGAAUUUAGCACAACAACCUGAAUUCACGAUCUGUAAAAAAAGAAACAGCAGCUGGCAGGGUGCAUGGCUUUGCACCUUGGUUUUAAUGAGGCUGUCCCAAAUUUCCGAACAAACUGGGCCACACCCCAACCCAAUGGCCAGCAUCCUUAUUUCUGACCCAUCAAACGAACAGCCAUCCACCAGCCAGGUAUGGCAGCCCACCAGGAGUUUAAUAAACACAUUAUUGCCUGCGACUGUAAAAUGGGGUAUAUGAUCAUUCUCCUUGCCAGCCUAAUAGAUGGCUCGGUAGGUCACAACAAUUUGUACAGGUUGCGUCUAAAAAAAGCUUAAAUUUGCUUGUUGCCUGGUUUUCUAAGGAAAUACAUGCCCAGCUAAUGACAUUUUUCAGGAAGGUUUUGCAGGUUUUUGUAGUUUCAAGUAUUCAGAGCACUAGAGAAAGGUGUUGUGUUUUUUUGGUGGGAUCGUCAAAAUAUAGUCUUUUGCUAAAGUCAGUUUUACUUCAGAGAGAGAGAGUGGCAGUACGCAUCUCACUGAAACAUUAAUUUAAAAGAUCCACUGGAGGGAGCUAGCUGUCUAUCUCCAUUUGGCUGUGUGUAAAACACUAGCAUUUGAGGGAAGUGUUAUAUAAGUGAGUUCAAAGAAAGUGCAUCUGAGCAUCUGGUUAAAUAAAUAAAUGCAUGCAGGAAGGAAGGAGGAGGAGAAACACCAUUCAAAAAUACCCAAGGCAGGUGACGAAGUCAUUAGCCUUGAAAGACAGGUAUAUGAUUUCCAGAACUGACACCCUUUGGUGUAAACUGAUGAUAAAAUAGGACACUAUCUAGGACAUUUCAACAUCUAAGCAGAGAGAUUUCCCAGCAGAUGGUAGCGCUACCUUCAUGCUCUGGUUAUCUCUCUGCUGUCAGAUAUGCUUUUCUGCCAGAUAGUACACAAUAUGUGCAUUAGCCAUAAGAUAUACUUCUGUUGCAGCGCUUUCUCUUGAGGAGGCUGCUGCUGUUCAUCUCAGCAGCUAAGGAGCACAAACAUGGAAGAGGCCAGCAAAUCCUCCUCCACACAACCUUACUGUUCCUGAAUCUUUGUAGAACUAUAGUGUGAAUGCAACCCCGCUUCUCCGAGUGAUAAAAAGUUGCAGAGAGGAAUUGAGUCAGACUGAGCACUACAUUUUUUAAAUAGAGAUGUGCAAGCCCCCUCCAACUUACCUUGAAAAUUAAUUGGGAUUUUCCAAAAUCUUUCCUGUUUGCUUUAUAAUCCUUGUUAGAUUUCUGUUUCGUUUUUAGUUUUGGAUAGAAACACUCAAAAUUACUCUCCCUUUCCCACCAGUCCCUCUGUCCCAAGGGCAAAAAAAACCCUCCCUCUCAGGGUAGGGGUGGGGGAGGGGGAGGAUUAAAAAAUGAUAAUCCCCUUGACGGGGUGAGCUCCUGUUGCUCGGUCCCAGCUCCUGCCAACCUAGCAGUUCGAAAGCACAUCAAAGUGCAAGUAAAUAAAUAGGUACUGUUCCGGCGGGAAGGUAAACGGCGUUUCCGUGCGCUGCUCUGGUUUGCCAGAAGCGGCUUAGGCAUGCUGGCCACAUGACCCGGAAGCUGUACGCCGGCUCCCUCGGCCUAUAGAGCAAGAUGAGCGCUGCAACCCCAGAGUUGGUCACAACUGGACCUAAUGGUCAGGGAUCCCUUUACCUUUACUAAUACUUUUUCUGGGUGUAGUUUUGGAUUGCAGCUGAUGUGCAAACAGAUGGAGAACAUUUGUCCUGUCUCCUAAGAGUCAGGAGUCAAUUCCCAAGUUGUUGUUGCUGUUGUUAAUUUCCUGCCCAUCUUAGGGUGCCCCAGCCACUCCAGCAGCUUCCAACAAAUUACAACAACAACAACAACAACAACAACUUAUUUAUACCCCACCCAUCUGGCUGGGUUUCCCCAGCCACUCUUGGUGGCUCGCAACAGAAUAUUAAAAAUACCGUAUUGGCCCGAAUAUAAGACGCACCCACAAAUAAGCCACAUCUUUAAAAUUCAAGGCUUAUUUGCGGGUGCGGCCCCCUCCUGGCACUACCGCCCUGAACAGGGUGCAGGGGCGGGGGUGGCUGGCGCUCGGUUCUGAGCACACUGUGCGCCCGCCUCCCAACACUACUGCCUCCUGGCACUCCUGGCACUACCACCCCAAGCUGGCAUCUGGGGAUGACUGGGAUCAGCAGGCAGGCUGUGUGCCAUUGCCCCGCACUCCUGGGCUGUUUUGCUGAUGGCCUUCCCCCCUUCCCCCUUCCUUACGGUGGCUUGGGGGAGUGUUGGAGAUGCGGUUGGGACGGGCGCCGUUGUCCCGCACCCCCAACAGCCCUCGUGGGCAGCUGUUUCAGCAGCAAUACCGUAAGGUUGCAAAUAUAAGCCGCACUUUAACUUUUCACAAUUGGAAUUUGGGGGGAAAGUGUGGCUUAUAUUCAGGCCAAAAUUGUACGAUAAAAACAUCAAACAUUAAAAACUUCUCUAAACAGGGAACAACAGUAACACACCACGCUUCCCUCUCCACGGCUGCCUUCAGAUGCCUUCUAAAUGUCAGAUAGUUGUUAUUAUUCCUUGACUUCUGAUAGGAGGGUGUUCCACAGGGUCCUCUGCCUGGUUCCCUGUAACCUCACUUCUCACAAUGAGGGAACUGCCAGAAGGCCAUCGGAGCUGGACCUCUGUGUCCGGGCUGAAUGAUGGGCGUAGAGACACUCCUUUAGACAUAAGUGAUGACUUCAGAGCAACAGCCAUUAAUGCCAAUAGAGGCUUCUCUCCCCCUCCUUCCAAACACACACUGCUUCCUGCUCACCCACCCACCCAUUUUCAAAGGGAAACCCCCCCACAUCUCAGUCUUAGUUUGCUUAACUUCUCUAUUUCGCUUUAUUUCCAAGUGAUGAAGAUGAGCUCAGAAAGUCUUUGUCAGAACUGGUGGAUGAUAAAUUUGGUGCCAGCACAAAGAAAAUGGCAAGGAUAGUUGAUGGCAGCAAUCCAUUCCUGGAUGUCCCCCAGGCCCAGAAUGCUAUAACCUACAAGCAUGGCAUCCUCACUCGGAAAACCCACGCUGACAUGGAUGGGAAGAGAAGUACGUAUUGAAGGGGGUCCAGCGACAAGGGCGAGAGAUGUGCAGCAGAGUGGCAGAGACGCUUGUUGAAAUGGUUAUGCUCAAGGAGAGAGUCUGGCUUUCCACUGAUGCACGCAUGGGCUACAACAAGGAAGCAUGGGACGCAUCACCCUUCAUAUUUUCCAGGGUUGUUUUAGCUACUGGUGAUAGCAUGGGAGUCCCUUCUUCAUGGCUUCUCCUUACACCACACUGGUAACUCUGAAAUUUGUUUGUAUGGUUCCUUGCAAUGUAAGUGCUGCUCUCUCUGGAUGAGACAAUGCUUAGGUGGAAGCAAUUACUGGAAUUCCUCACCACCAUUCCUGGAGUAGCAUGAGAAGAAGCCAUAGGAAAGUGACUCUCAUACCAUUGCUGGGUGUGAAAUAAAUAGGUCCUUCUGCGCAUAAACAGGCCACAAAUGAACUAAUGGGAAGACCUUUGCCAAGGCUGAUGAUGGCAGUUUUCCUUAAAAUGCCUCAUGUUUCUGCAGCGAUUUGUGUGUGUGUUUUUAAAAAAUCAUGAUAUUUCUUCAGCAUUUUAGCAUGGAUUUUUACUUUAACCAAUGUAUUUUUAUGCAGUUUGACAUUUUUGCAAGCAAUUUCUCCUAAUAUAAUGCAUUUUUAUGUUAUUUACACUAUGUUUGCUUUUAUGCAUACUUUUGCCUAAUUUUCAUUUUCAUUUUUUUUAAAAAUAAUAUUUAUUAUUUUUCCAAAAACUUAAACACUAAAAAGAAAAAAAAACCAAUACAAUACAACACAUCAAAUCAACAAAACAAGACAAAGACAAUAAGAUAAAUCAAACAAUUUCAUUAUCCCAUCUUUCAUUUACUUAUCUCCAUGACCUCCUCACACCUCCCUUUUUGUAUUCCACUUCUGUUAAUUAUUUCAGCAAUUCCUGUCCAUCUUCCUCUGUUUUCUAUCCUAUAAUUAUCUUAACUCAUUCUAACCUUAUUUUUUCCUUUAAUGCUCUAUUAACCUAUCUGUACUUAAUUCCUUAUAAUAUUUCUACUAAAGCCAUAUAACUUCAUUCCAACAUUUUUCUAGCAUUCAUUAAUUUUACAAUAUUUCUGUAGAUAGUCUUUAAACUUUUUCCAAUCUUCUUCCACCGACUCUUCUCCCUGGUCUCGGAUUCUGCCAGUCAUUUCCACCAGUUCCAUGUAGUCCAUCACCUUCAUCUGCCAUAAUUUUCAUUUUCCUAAACACUGGUGGUUGGGAGAACUGCACCACAAAAGUCAGCUAAGUGUGUUUUGUUCUCUCACGUUGUUUCAGAAAGUGCAAAUAUAUUAAAUUCCGUUUUAAAUGUGAACUAGAUUAAGUUUCUCUCCCAUUUCUAUUGAUAAUCACUUCACUGUAUUACCCCCCUCGCCCCAUCAUAAUUGCAGUCUUUUGUGGAUUAGUUCAAAAAUUGUAUUUCUGCGGAUCUGCUGUGAUGUCUCGUAUUAACGCUGUAAUCAACAGAAUUAUAUGUUUUUCAGCUCCCAGAGGAAGAAGAGGGUGGAAGAAGUUUUAUGCUGUUCUUAAAGGAACCAUCUUGUAUUUGCAAAAGGUAUGUUUAACGCUCUGAGAGUUCUGUAAGAUCCCACCAAGUUAACUCUCUACAGUGCGAGGAUUUUUGCUUAAAACAAACACCAUAAAUAAUGAAUUCAGCAUAUAUUGGAGUAGACUGAGGGCCCCGUCCAGUCCAGCAUCCUGUUUUGCAAGAUUAUGAGCCAGAUACUUGUGGCAAUAAAGGGUGGGUGAAGGUGGGCUGUGGCAAAAAACAAAGUGGGCACAGCUUGCUGUGAAGGGCUCCCCCACCUCGGUUCUGCUCAUAUUCCUGAGCUCUCUGAUGCCUUCUGUUCCAUUCCAAGAGAAAAAGUCUCCUUGGUGAAGGGGGAGACAGGCCAGGUCGUGGGGAAGCCUCUGAGAAGAUGGAGUAGCUUGCCAGGUCUGUCUUCCUUUCCAGAAAAAAGUUAAGCGAGUGGCGCUACCAGGCAGUAGCACUGGCAAUAUCUCUUGCCGUUGGGGAUCCUGGGGAAUUUGCAUGGAGAGCGUCGCUCACUUCUCAAAUGGAGGGGGGGGCAGUAGGCUGUUCCCAUCUUUGAUGGAGCCCUAUGGCACUUGCUACCUUGACCCUAUUUUCUAAGGUAAGCCUUUUUCCUUUUGUGGGGGGGUGAGAUAGCAGAUGUCAUAGGAAAAUGGACCCUUCAAAAAGUGUUUCUUUUGAAGUUUUUGUGUACUUAAAAUGAAGAAUUAAAGGACGCAGCUGAUUUUCAGGGAGGGCACCAGGCUGAUCACUCAUCUUCAGCAGAGCAGCCAUUAUUUCUCUUCUUCUUUGCUCUCUAUCACUUCCUUCCAGCAACCUGGCGGUUGCUGCUGUUUGCAAGCCUGCUCAGCCCCCUGUAUCCACCUCCUUGAGUGCUGUGAGGUAUCUUUUCUGAAGGUUAGGCUGGAACCUUGCAAAACUGGUGCUUCAGCACUGAAGAGGGAAAGCCCACAUCCUUCAGAGAACUGAAAGUAAUGUAAAGGAAAGCUCACCCAAAUGGGGAGAGGCUGUUGUCAUUCAUGUGUGUCAUGCUUGGUUUAAAAGAUUAGACAUAUGCUUUCAGUCUUAAGUGUCACAAUAUUUAAUUUAAACUCCCAUCACAGCAGAGGAGAGAUGACUUUUAAAAGAGAUUAAAAUAAUCAUUAGCAAAAAAGUUUUAAUUGAUGCAGGCAUUUUGGGAAAACGACACUACUAUUGAUGCCUUCGGCACCAUACAGUAGGUCCCCGUGAGACUUACACAAUUAUAUUCCUCAGUUAGCAAAUGCUGGCAAAAUGCAACAUUCCUGCAACAAAGUACUUCCUGAAGGAAAAAUAUCUGCCCUCCACACAACAUGUCUAAUUCCCAUGAGUCAUGUGAUUUGGAUGAUGAGUCGGACAUGCUUUGCAUGGUACACACAAAGAGGAUGACUGCUGCCAUAGGUGUAUGAGGCAGCCUCUUCCCCCCUGUACAGUGCAAGUCAGCACAUCAUUCCCCCAUCUCACGAUGACUCAGAGGCUCUUGGGACCAGAGUUUUCAAAGUGCACACAUGCAAUUCACACUUGUUUGAUGCUUCAAGCAGGUUUUAUCUCUUUAAAGGAUAUUGGGGAGCAGGGGAUAAAAGCACCACAGUUGUUGCUAAUACACACACACACUAUUGCAGAAAUGGGACAGAACAAAUUUCAUCAGAGGCCUUAAGAGGGAGACUAUAUUCCCUGCUAUCCCCCAUUAUCUCCAAUUUGAGGGGGGGCUUUGGAGAGCUCAGGGAAGCAACUCUACAAGUUCACAGCUGGAAAUGGAAACCCCAAUAUAUAAAAUUAAAGUCUGUACAAUUUCAUAACAGCACAUUUAUGAACAACCUGAAAACAAAGAUAGCUGGGAAAAACCAACUGAACACUUUUCACAUAUGUGUUAAAUAUGUUUUACAAAUACUACUGCAGAUAAAAAGUAGAUCCACUCUUUUAGAGGUUCGCAUAAACAUUAAUCACUCAUGGUAGAUGGGAUUUCUUUUAAAAACAGCCCAAAUUGAUAUUACAUUUAUAGUUAAUAAGAAUUCUCUGCAGAAGCCAGCAUACCUAUUAUAUCUUAAGCUACAUUAUUAGCUAUUGUAAUUAAUUAUUAUUAGAACAUUGCAAAAACCAUAACUCAUAUUUUAUAUUAACCUAUCUUUCAUUAUAUUUAAUAAAUUUUUUGCAGUCUAAUCAAGCUAUUGUCUUGUCUUUCUUCUCCUUCCCAAAAUCCAAGGAAAUGUGUCAACUUAGCCAUUGCUGCAAAGUCCAACAAUUUAUCAUCCUAUUCUUUAAUUUUGGGUGGUACUGAUUAUCUCUACGUUUUUGCAAACAUAUAAAGGACUAAAAUAUAAGAGUCUAGUACUUUAUUAUUCUGCCCUACAGAAUUUCAUAGAAUAGCUUAGAAUCCUUAUCAAGUGAUUUAAAAAAUCCUCCAUUAUUUCUUUGACACCAUUACACAUUUCUACCAUGUGGAAAACAUCACUUAUGACUGGGAAAUGCUUUCAACUGUUUCUGCUUUAAUUUUGCCUGGACUCACGCUUUUCUCCCCAUUUCUCAGAGAUUACUGUGGAAGGGAUCCUCUGGUUGGCUUUCAGAGAGGUCAGGUGUCCUCUCUAGCAGUUUUCUCUAGCAGUGCUUAACAACCAUCUAUUAAUAUGACAGUGUGUAUUUCUACAAGUAAUUCCAUACUCUGUGUGUGUACUACACUUUCUUUCCAGAAGCCUGGCAAAAACUUUGCAGUGGGAGUUCCUCUUAACGGCAUAAUGACAAUUAUUCAUCUGAUGGUUGGUUGGCUUUAAUUGUUUUCUAUUUAGCAUAAUUUCCUUGAUCUAUGUACUGAGUAUUACAGAUAUAUUUCUGUCAUUCAAUGCACAGAUAAGACACCUCAAACUUUAGGCAUGACCACAAAGACUUCAAGGACUUCUCUGAACGGACAACCUGUUUGAUGAAAUGUAAGUUAUCAGCACAUUGUAUCUGAGAAUCACUAUAUAAGUGGGCUGUUUGUGUACAUGGAUGUUGUAAGUGUAUAUGUAUUUCAGAAAAUGUAUGGAUGCCAUCUGGCUGUGUCAUGUUUGAUCUUUUCUAUUAUUCUUUCUGCCUUAGGAGGACAAGAAAUGUCUAUGUGUCAUCACCACCAGAAGCAUCCCUUGCCAUCCCUUGAGGCAUACAGCAUGCACUGCCCACCUGCUGAAAGAUGCCCAACACCACCCACAUAUCAUUAUGGAUGUGUGGGCCCAGAAAAAGGCAGAUUGAGAAGAACACUAGCAUGAUGAGGUCCAUCUGCCAGGAGUUCACCAACUGUAUCAAACAACCAUACAAGAGUACAAGGCUAUGUGGACUGGACUUCUGAAUAUUAGUGGAGCUAUGCACGAUUGAGGACAGGAGCUGAGGGGUCUAAGGAAAACUUUUGUGGGGGAGAACCCAUGUAAGAAGCUGCCACAACCACCACGAGGGAAAUGGCUGGCGUUGACGAAGAGCCCAUGCAGAGUGAGAGAGGGUCAUGGAUCAGUGCACGAGGGGUUGGUGCAGAACCUCCUGGACCGCCACGUGUCAGGGCCAGGCGAGACUCCCCUGGAACACGACAGAGGAGGAGGAGAGCAAGUGUGUGCGUGGACACAGGCACUGAUGUCAAUGGCACUAGGGGGUGUCAAACAGGAGAGCUGCGUCACAAAAGCUACUUCCAUUUGUAUAGAACACAAUUGUUCACUGGUCUGUAACAAUAAAGUUUAUUGAAGGAAAAGGAUUUGUCCUGUGUGGUGCACAUUUCAGUGAAGUCAUACUCCUAACUCUUGGCUAACAGAGAAUUUGUGUAUUUCUGACACUGAUGCAACUGGCUGCUCAUGUGUCGGGCAAAGCGUUGAUCAUCGUGUCUACUAAAUCCGCAGUACACAGCCACCCACGUUUUCUCUCUGCAACACCACAUUGAUUUUAUAUAACAACAUGGGUCCCGACCCCAGCGCUCUUCACUUGCCUAAAUACACCACACACUUAAACACUGCAACCUGUAUCAUGCUUCAUGUUUCUAAUAAUAUGAUGCAACUCAAGAUGCAACAUAGCACAAACUUUAUUCUAGAACAAUAAUUCACAGAGCAGUGCUAACAACUCAUGCCACUCAUGGUUCUUUGAAUCAAAGCCACUGUUCCUUCUACCCUUUCCCCUGAGACUAAUAUUGCCCACUAGUGGGUGGCAUUUGAUUAAUCUCUUCUGUCUUUUAUUUUCUUCAUUUGAGAUGUGUAUGUGUGUGUGUUUAAGGAGACACUGGAUAAACACCUGCCUGGAACAGUUUUGGAAAGCUAGUAAGUCCCUUCCAGCAUGAUUCUGUCUGAGUUGCUAUUACUGUUAUCUCUCUUCUCCUUCACAGGAUGAAUACAAACCUGACAAAGAUCUUUCUGAAGUAGAUCUAAAGAAUGCCAUCCGGAUUCACCAUGCCUUAGCCACAAAAGCCUCCGACUAUAGCAAAAAAUCCAAUGUGCUGAAGCUGAAGACUGCAGACUGGAGAGUCUUCCUCUUCCAAGCGCCGUAAGUGUUCCAGCAGAACCCAUGAGGGAUCACUCUUGUCCUUUCACCUGGCCAAGUGCAGUUUGCCCAGCCAUUCUCCACAUCAUGGGGGAUGUUACGAAAGUCCUCAUCUCAAGGGGGCUUAUUCAUAAGUACCUUGUCACAUUGUGUUUCUUAUUAAAGACAGAAUUAGAAAACAGGACAUCACUGCUUAGUUGGCAUUAUAGCUCCUUAUUACCUGAAGGAACAUGUCUCUGUUUUACUGCAGAAGCUAAGCAGGUAGGGCUUUGUAAGCUUCUGGGGAAACUGUGUAAGGUACUGAGUUCUUUGGAAUAAUAAGAUAUGGGUGUGAUCUAUCUCUUUCUCUCCCUUUCUCAAAUAUGCGUCUCCCACCCCACCCUCCAAUAGUGAAAGAUCUGACCACCUCCAAAUAAGCCCCCCCCAUGUGCUAUUGGCUGUGGAAGGGCUCUCUUGGUUUUGCCUCUGUAUUCUAAGACCCAUGGCCAACUAUUUUGCAUACGGCUAUGGCAAUUGCCUUCAGAAGACGCAAGCAGUCUAUAUCCCUAUUCUGAGGCCUCCUGCAGACGUGGCUACUUAACUGGCACUAGCAACUAUCCACCAAGCAUUCCACUAACCACAUAAACCAAGAGAUGAUUGAUUCUGGAUGAAGGUUCUUGUCUGGUUUACAUCUCUAUGACAUGGUUAGAUGAAACAGGGGAGGGUUGAACCCCGGCACACCUGUGCCCAGUAUUGUUCCUUGGUGCAGAAACAGGGGUGGGGAACCGAGGGAAAAGCUUAUGCCAUUGUAAACAUGUUAAUCUUUAAGAUACCACAAGACUUUUGUGUGGCACCUUAUUUCAUGCAUUCCUUCUGGAGAGAAGGGGGGCCCCUAUUUUGGAAACUGCACCUGGGCUUCCAACCCCCUUAAUUUACCUUAAAUUCACAAAGUGGAUGCAGAGAAGACCCUCUUCCUGGUGGUCAUGUAAUGGAUUCCCACAGGAAGCGGGAUGACCAGAGAACCUCCUCUGCUACAAUUAAAGUGGGUAGGCAGGUCUAUAUUGAAUCAGGCAUUCUUUCAGAUAAUCUGGUCUCAGACUGUUUGGAUCUCAAGUCAUUAGCAAAGGCUUCAAUACACACCCAGCAGUUCAGAAAGGCUACUUAGUGGGAAGAGAAAUGUAUUGAGUCUCCCUUCACUUUUAUCAUAUUGGCAUGUGUGUUCUCUGUCUCUCUCCCGCCCCACUUCUGACACAUCCUGCCUCUCCUACUCUUGUGUGUAAUGGUCCUCUUCCUUCAAUCCUGCCUGGUCUCCAUAGAAGCAAAGGAGAAAUGCUGUCCUGGAUUCUGAGAAUAAACUUGGUGGCUGCCAUUUUUUCUGCCCCUGCAUUUCCAGCUGCUAUUUGCUCCAUGAAAAAAUUCUGCCGUCCUCUCUUGCCAUCUUCAACAACCAAGCUCUGUCAGGUAAGAGGAAAAAGGAAAAAGUGUGUGUAUGUACAUAUAUGGCAGAAAGCCAGCCAACUGAGUGCUGAAUGUAUGCAUAAGUCUUCAUCUUGGCCCAUUUUUUCUUAAUUUCUUCACGACAUUAGCACAGUCAUUGAGGAUCACACACACUAAUAGUGGUAGAAUGAAGCAAGAUUGCAAUCUGGGAUAAAACAAGCUGCCUGCCCUCUGUCCUUGCCCAUCCUGGCCUGUCUGCCACAUUUGUCCACUCUUGUUAAAGGGAAGAGGCAUGUGGUGUCAUUCUUGCUUUCUCUCCAAGUCCUCCAAAAUGGCUCCCCCACAAGAGGGAGACAGGAUCUUCCCACAGCUACCCUUUCACCCUUAGAGUGAUGCCCUUGUGGCAACUUUGACUUUAGGGUCACCUUGCUAGUGGUGAUAGACCACCCAUUACAUUCCACCAUGUUUGUUUAUGUUAUUUCUUUAUUUAAAUGUUCAUUCUAAAUCCAUAUCUAAUAUUUCCAAAAAUAUUUCUGCAGCAUACAAUCAACACAAUUAAAAAUACAACACAACACAAUCUAAAAUGAGCAGAAGAAAGAAUCCAGUUUGAGAGAUCACCCAGAAACCAGCUAAACCCAUGGGCUUUGUUGAAAUAAAAGUUCUUGCCUCACAGAGCAGGCCAGGUAGAACCCCUGGGGCAGGGACUUCCAGAGUCCAGAAACCACUGCAGAGAGGUCCAUCUGAUAUGUACUCACUAACUGAAUAUCCUUGCUGGUGGCAGGAUACAGAAAAGCCUGAGGACCUGGGUGGGCAGGCAGCCUCCACUACAAUGAACCCAAACCAUUCAGGGCUUCAAAGGUAACAACGGUCACUUUGAAUUGUGCUGGAAACAGACAUAUGAAGUCAAUGUAAUGAUGUGGUCACAUGAUCCACUCAGUAGCACAAUAAAAAAUUUCAGCUGGAGCAGUUUGCAUCUGGUCAUUCUUCAAAGGCAGUUCCAUGUGAGAAUCCAAUUGUAACUUUUUAACGAAGGCAUGUGUGACUCUGGCCAGGUCCGUUCCAACGAUAUGUCUCCAGAAAAAGUGCAAAGUCUGAAUUCUGGUAAAUCCCUUUGUAUUUGUAUACAUGCUUAUUUCUGAAGAACUUGACUCAGUCUCUCUUCCUCCUCACCUUCCAGGAGGAGCAGCUGCAGUCUCAUGAGAAUAAAAUGAGGCAAGUUGCAGAUGAGUUAACAGAGCAUAAACUACACCCGGCAGUGAAAGGCCUCAAGUCCAAAGAGGCUGAAGAAUAUCGCCUGAAAGAGCAUUACUUAAUAUUUGAGGUGAGGCUUUCCAGGUGACAAAUGAUCAGUGGGAUGAAGAUAGGGUAAACCUGGAGAGAAUGACUGGGAAGCAUGGGUGAGCUCAUAAUCUCUUUCUGUUUAAAGACAUUUAGGGAGCAGUCCAACCAGACAGCAGGAGGGAGAACUGGAGGCAAAUGAGUCACCAUUUCCAGUGUCCUGCAGGGCUCAUGACACCAGGGCUGAAGUAGAAUUGCAGGGUCACAUAUACAUUCCUAGGGACUUUCCAUCAUUCUACCCACUGGAAACAAUGGGUGAGAAAUGCACCCUGUCGGCUUGCAUGGUCUCCCCGCUGGUUUGGGGGCGUGUUGGAGGACUAGAUAGGUCCCUGCCAAACCCUUGUCAGGCUCUACAAAUGUCUGAGCUCCAGCAUCAGUGAAGCAAUGGGAACAGAAGGUUUUGCAGUGGUGGUGGUGGGGAACCCACUUGGGCCAGAUCUUCCUCUCUGAGGUCUGACUUCCUCUUUCCGCCCUCAGAUGGGGCAUGAGCAAUACCUGAUGGUGCCUGGGAUGCUCUCCCAGGGAACAUAUUUUUGUAGGGCCCUAAACAUGGUUCCCUAGUGCAGAAAUGAAGCACACAAAGCAAACCUCUAAGCAUCUCUCUCUCUCAGGGCUUACAAUAUCUUCCCGGCAGUCAAAAGACUCGGUUCCCUGUGUAAUUAUCCUGAUUAGACUUAAUUGCACGUCUCCCAAGUAGCUUUAUACCUGUAAAACACUAUAAAUAAGGUUCUUUGUUUAUAUGAGUAUAGGCUGUUUAGGAAGGUCCUCAAACUGUUGAGAUAAACAAAGUUAUUAUCCACCUGAAGUGAGGCAUUCAGGGCAUAGCGCCUGCCCAUGUGAUUUCUGCACAAUGCAUGAGCUCAAGGUGUUAUCCAUUCUCAGUAGGUCUUCUGCUGAAGUUGUAUUUUACUGAGUUUUCUGAACUUCUGCUGUUCUUUGUUUUUGGCUUGUCCAAAAGAGGUACACCUUCUCUGUCCUCACAGAAUUCAUUGGCCAGGAGCCCAAGUGCAUAUAAUGAUGCUUGAGGAAUUAAGUAUUUGUGCAUUCCAAGAUGAAGGGAUCUGAUCCACCCUUCCUGGACUAAUCCUGGCAUGGAUCCAGACUUAGCUCCCCUUCAAAAGCUCAGUUCAAAAAUGUACCAAAAUGUAUUUCAAAAUGCAUGUUUUGAUAGAAAAUAUGCGCAUAAGAGUAAGUCCACUUCUUAAGUACACUAACGGAAGCUCAAGCUGGAAGCCAUUUUCCCCAUCACUAGUCCUUCCAUACCAUCAAAGAAGCUAGCAUGCUGCUCCUGCUGCUGCAUGUGUUGGAAAACGCACUGCAAUUCCUCCUGCGCAUGAUGGGACAUGCUGUGUCCUUGCUCUCAGGGAGUUGCUGUGGCAGAAACCAGGGCUGGUAGGUGUAAAAAGGAAGAAGAAAGGGGAACAGGGAAGAGAGAGAACUCUUAAACCACCUCCUAAUUACUUAACUUUUUUUCUUUUUUUAAAAAAAGAAUUAAAUUUAUGUGGAUUUUUAAAGAAGUUUCCCAAAAAUUAUUCAGAUAAAUGUGGGAUGGAGCAGAUUUAUAUGCCAGCUCAUGUGAUGUAAUGAAGCAGAUUGGGGUCCUGUAGUCGCUCCCUUACUGACCGCUUACCCGUCCUUGAAGCAAACACAUCCUCCUGGUCACAAAGAGGAAUCCCCAGCACUUGUCUCUCUGUCCAUUGUUCUGGUCAUUCCUGACUUUCCCUCUCAGGCUUUUUGGUCUGUUUCAUUGUCCUUCACAGAAAAGCCGCUAUGAGACAUACAUCAAUCUUCUGUGUGCGAAGAUAAAGGCCGGGACAGAUGAUCUGGAAAAAAUAGAAGCCAACCUCUUCACAAUGGAAGCUGAAGACAUUUCCUUGAGGAAGACUUACUCCAGCCCUUCCAUUAGCCAAGGGCAGUUGCCUGUGGUAAACAGCAAAGCAGAGAAAGACAUGACAGACCAGAACACGUCAGGUAACCAAUAG